AUGCCAGAAAAUGAUGGCUUGAUGAGGAUAUUCUGGCCGACGGACAUCCAGCGCUCCGACCUGCCUGGCGUUGUCGUGGGAUGGAGGAACUCGAGCCUGGAUGUCUUCGUCGUGGCCAUCCUUGACGAUGUCGAUGUCAGCAUAACCGCACCCUUAUACCGACCGUAUGGACACCAAUUGACGAAUCAACAGGCCGGCCAUGUGGAAUUCGCCCUGAAGGCGGGCACGCUAUUUCGCAACUCACCUCACCCUGUCAAUAGCAUAUACGAACGAUGCGGCCAUGGCGCUAUGCAUGUGCUGGGCCUGACCAACCCCAGCGAUGCUGUGGUUCUCGACCCUUCCUUGUUCGUGGCGACGACCCCGGCGAACGCAAAGGUCCCUUGGAUCACAUGCGCAAAAGCCCUGAGUAUCCAAAUUAUACUCUACGACCGACCCCGCCCUGGCCGAAUGCAAUACAUCUCGUUGAACCCUAUCUCCCUCGCCCUCGGCAACAAGGAGGCCCCCGGCCUGCCACCGACGGAACACAUGGCAGAGGAGGAAAAGUACGAGCUAAAGAUGAAGGAGCAGAAGAGGAAGCUUGUUGAGAAGCUGAAGCUGCAUACCAUCGUCAAGAGGACCCCGUCGCCGAAAGAGAAAGCUCUACCGAAAAUUGUGAAUCAGAUCAAUUGGUCCUGGGAGCUGGAGCAGCUGUUGCAGAAGAACAUUUCUCGAAUCGGUACCAGGCCUAAGCGGUCUCUGAGCGUUUCCGAGAGGGUGGUUGAACAUGCGACGACGAUGCGGAAUUUCGUAUGGGAUCUCUUGAUCUUAUACGUCCUGCCACUGAUCCAGUGGGGUUUCGUCUACAUGUUGAUGGGUCACAGAGCGGUCGCCGAAUUCCUACUUCAAAUUUUGGAGUUCAGACUGAAGGACAAUUAUUUGGCGCUGAAGGAUAUUUCGGCAACGGCGCAGCAGGUAGAAAUUCGGCUCCAGCAAUUCUGUUAUUGGCCCAUGCAGUAUACGACACUGCGGCAGCGAAAAAACGACUGGGAGAGUGUUACGACAAGCCACCCCGACUACAUUCGGUUCUAUAACAGCUUAUGGCUUGUUGCCAACGACGUCAUCAUUGGCAUUGCGCUGGGUUCGUACAUCAUCGAUAACGCGGAAUGGGCCGCCAAUGCCAUAAGUGAGCUCCUUAGCAAGUACACUGUUGAAGCGCUACAGCGAAGCAUAUCAUGGUUGAUGGGCUGGCCCGCCGGUUUGAAGAUCAACAGCGAGCUGGCCAUGUUUCUUGGUGACCUUUUCCUUUGGGUCAUUGAUUACUGGUCAAAUUGUAUUGCUGCCCUUCAGCCUGUGCUGCCUCACAUCAUUUGGUUCAUCGGCUUUUCGAGCUUUGCCGGUGCCAGCAUGCCAAUUGCCAUGUUUUCUGAUUUGCUAUCCGGGCUGACUGUCCACAUUUACUCUUUCUACCUUGCAUCCGCCCGGAUCUAUCAUUGGCAGCUGACGAUCCUCAUCUCACUCUUCCAUCUCUUCCGCGGCAAGAAGCAUAAUGUCCUCCGUAACCGUAUCGACUCGUGCGGCUAUGACCUGGACCAGCUUCUCGUAGGCACCAUCCUCUUCACAUUGCUUUUCUUCCUCCUGCCGACGGUGGUGGUAUUCUACUUAAAUUUUGCCAUUGCUCGCAUGGUCAUUAUUUCUUUGAAGGCCGUCUUUGACACACUUCUUUCUUGCUUAAACCACUUUCCCCUCUUCGCGCUGAUGUUACGGGUUAAAGACCCGAGACGACUUCCAGGCGGCAUCCGUUUUGAACUUCGAGAUACCCAUGAUUAUAGACUUAGUAAUACUUCCAACGAACCACCCACCUCCGUCAUCUACCUUAAGUCCAUCCCUCUUACUUUCCGUGCUAUGUUCCACCAGUACUUCCAAAUGGGGAGCCGCAUCCGCAAGCAUUACCUCUCACCUCGCGUCCUGCUCUGCCUCCUAACCGGCAGAUUCGUACCGCCUCUCAACCGCAAGAACCUGUACAGCCUGCAGUACAGCAUGCUGCCUGCGCGUCGGGCGGGGAUCCGCCAGAUGUGGGACGCCAUCACGACCGCGCAACCUUCGAGGAAGCUCGUGCCGUUCAUGAUAAACGGGAGGAGGUACCCCUCGGGGCUUGGUGGGGGCGGGAGGACGAGAUACCACCAUUAG